AUGCAGUCAUGGAUGCAAGUGCAGUUUGUAACUACAUCUGCCAACCAAAUCCAUAGAGGGUUUAGAAUUCAGUACAGGAUACUUUCCGAAGGUCGCUAGAGCUUACCUUUUCUGUUAAUUCUUAUACUUUCAGCGGCAAUACAAGAGCCUCCUUCGUCGCUGGGAGAGGGUUUGUUUCAAGGAUGUGGUGGUCAUUCGACUCCAGGACAACUUUCAGGUUAAUUCAAUUCUUUCAAACACUUUACCCAUGCUGCUUUCAGGAGAGAUCUAUUCUCCUGGUUAUCCGGCGACAUAUCCGAAAAACUCUACUUGCAAUUGGCUUAUAAGAGUUGAAGCUCGUCAACGAAUUUAUAUUCGUAUAGUCUAUCUUCACCUUGCUCCAACUAUAGGUAGUUGCCUCGUGAUCAGUGAUCGACUUAUUUACAAAUCAAACCCCUAUUCUAGCCGAGUGUGAGCGUGCUUCUCUGACAAUAAUCGACGGUUACAAGCACGAAAAAAACCUGAGCGAUCGAAAGGAGAUUGAAUCUACUGAAGCAAAGUUUUGCGGCAGCCAGCUUUAUUACUCUGAGGAAGGAAUGAAAAGCUAUCUUUCAAGUGCAAACAGAAUAGUCGUUAGACUAAUAACUCAGGAUGGACCGGCAUCUUCUAUGAUCGGUGAAGAACGUAUUGGUUUCAAAAUUGUCUGGACCGCAGUGGAAGGCUUGAUAGGCGAAAACGGGAUCAUUGACGAAUCAUCGAGUACAAGCGAGACACAAUCGUGCAAGGGUCAGUUCGUGUGCCACGGCGGUCAGGUCUGCGUGGAUCAGGUAGUAUUUCUCCUUUGCGUUCAAACAGCAACACGAGAAUUGUAGGGCCAUGGCAUUUGCGCGUCUCGGUCGCGCCUUUGUAUUCACAAUUCUUUGGUAUGUGAUGGAAUUCAUAAUUGCGUGGAAGGAGAUUUUUCUGACGAACAGCAUUGUAACGAAAGGAAGUUCUAAGCUUUGCUGAAAUUCAGAAUUAAGGUUAUUCGCGAGAAAUUGUGACUUCUGCGGCAUGUGGAUUCUCAAUAAUAGUGCUAGCCAUGCUAAUUUUGGUUUGCUGUGAUCAGUUUCGAAAACGGAGACGGCUACGAAUUCUAAUUAGAGAACGGCGGUCAGCGGAAAAUGGGAAAUGUGGCAGUGUUCCGCAUGUUGCUUCACAGCGACAACCUGUGCGGUGAUUAACUACGGCCUAAAUACGGGUAAGCAAGAAAUAUAUAUUUUUCAAUUUCUAACAAAUAUGUGUGGCGGACAAACUAAGAAAUAAACAUGUGAACUUUCCACAAAUCGGCAAAGCCGUUCCGAGCCCCAUUAGAGUAUUUAGUAACGCGUUUCAAUGAGGCUACCCCGAAUCAGAAUUGUCCCGGAUCACAACCUAUCUGCAGGUGGUUCUUGUUACGAAAAGUCAUGUUGAGACGGAUUCUGCUUCGUGACAGUUCUAAUACAGGACAGUUCUGAUUCGAGCAGUUCUGGCUCGGCGUAG